AGCAACUGUAAGAAAGAACGGUCAAGUGAACCUCCUAAGUUAAGACUUCCAAUUGUCCAUGUUCGUUUUCUGAAAUAACCACUUGUGAUUUUCCGAAAUAAACAUGAAAACUGCCUUGAUCGGGUGCUACAUGUUCUGCAUUCUCCUGAUGGGAGCGCAGAGCAGACCGGAGAUCACCAGGCUGUUUCCUGUGAAGGAAUUAAUCGCUUACCACGAACAAACAAAUAAUACCAAACCACUGGAUAAACUGCUGGGAAAAUUGAGGACUACCUACAACUUUGUUUUCCGCAAGCCGGAAAAUACCAGCAAUAUAGAAAAAAUUUUGAAGAAAGAUGCCCCAGAUCCAUACCUGGCAGCCAUUCGAUUGAUCUGGGCAAACACGGGUGCAUCUGCAGCGAAAAAUUUGCCUGGCUUAAAACGGAUAGAAAAUAAAUCCUUUAAGGAGGAUUUAACCGAGGCAAACAUAUUACCUACUGCCCAUGGCACAUCUAAAGAAACAACACCUACAAUAUCGAACGACGACUGGCUGAAUGAUCUAGAACCUUUGGAGCCCCUUGAAAUUCAGGAUGAUAUUGACGAAGAUGUAGAAACUGUUAACAUGCCCCCUACUUUUGAGCUCCCAGUAACUUUAGGUCGCCAUCUUUUAGAAUGGCUCAGUUCUCUCCUAGGCCUCACUUUCGGUGUUUAUACCAAAGUUUCCGAAGCCUUAAAAAGUUCAUAAGACAAAUCCAAGAUAUUUCCAGAUAUCGUUGAAGGGUUUUAAUUCUGGUAUUCCGUAGGUGCAUUUCUUAAGGACUUCGCUAGAGUUCAAAAGUUUUACGAGUCCUCAUAAAAUGUCUGAGUUUGUAAAGCAGUGAAACCAUUUUACGAAACCAACAUAUUUAUAGCACCAGGACUGAAACUUAUAUAUGUUCUUAGUUUCAUAUUCCUUUGAAAAUAGAAGUAACCAUAAAAGAUAAGUUAAAAUAAGUUUUACGUAUAAAAUAUUCCACGGCAUAAUGCAUAUGAAAUUCGGUGCGUCAGGCAACAAAGGAGUUAAAAAGAUAAGUUUCUGCAGUACAAUGUCUAUGCCAGAACUUAAAAGUGAUCAAGUUCUUAUUAUGCAAACACGUUUUCAUGAUAUUCGAGCUGAUGUAAUGAUUCAAGAAAAUUGUAGUAUUAUAGGUUUGUAAUAAUAACCUGCCCUGCCUUUUAACUGUUAUUGUAAACAAUUUUAGGCAAU